UCGAAUAUCGAAACAAUCAACUUUACAAUGUCGAAUAAAUCAAGAUCAUAGAAGAGGAAUUCGUGAAGCUGCCUCCACUUGCAUACCAGUUUGAAGUUUGAAGUUUGAAUUAAAGUUUGAAGAACAAAAUUUGGGCAAAAUUCUGUCUGCAACGUUCACCCAUCGAGAUACCGAAAGAAGCAUAUAUUCUGUGUGAUUGGUCAAUUUAUCAACUGGUCAAGUCGUCACUUCUGGUCAAGUCAACACUGCUGUUCAAGUCCUCCCAGUUGCCCCAGUAGUCCCUACUGAACCAAUCGGAAUUAUUUGUGAAUACGGACCUGCCGGAAAACCAGGAGAAAAUGGACUUAGUGGUGUACCUGAUGUACCUGGUGAAGAAGGCUAUUCUGUUGCUUCAAGCACGAUUGCUGUGCCUCAGGGCUGCUGGUUCCCUGCUGGUUCUGCUGGCUACAAUGAUGCCCCAGGAAAAGACGGUUUUCCCAGUGCUCCUAGUGCACCUGGCAAAGAUAUCAGACCUGGCGUUCCUUUGUACGCCGUGGGCCUACCUGGUGAACAAGGCAGACCGGGCAAAGAUGGUCUUCCCGUCCCUGCCGGAACUCCUGGUUACCCUGGCGGCCCAGGCCCCGUUGGACCUGAAGGCGAACCUAGUGCACCUGGGUACACUGGCGCGAUUAGAGAGGUGGGCCCAGAACCGUCUCUUACGGAAAAAAUCUAAUGACAAAUCAUAA